CAUUCAUCAGAUCCAUCUUCAUGCAGCUGUUCCACAUUUUAUUAAUGAUACAUGCCUUUGUGUGUGCGUAUAUAUACAUAUUUAUAUAUAUAUAAGCAUCUGUGACCUCUCCACUCUCUUAUACAGCUCACAAUCCCCAAUCUCUCUCUGUUGUCUGAUUCGUUCGGGAUCUCCCUUCUCUCUUCAUGAUUAAUGGCGCUUCCCUUUGAUGCUUCGGCCUCAUUAUAAGGAUCAAUCUGGUUCAUUUCUCGGAUCCCUAAUUUUUCUGAAUUCUCGUUCACAUCCUCCGACCAAGUUCAUCGCUUUCCCUUCAGCAGAUACUGAAACGUAGAUGGAGACGAAGAAAACUCAUUUGGGUCGUCCUUGAAUCUCCCCAAUGGGAUCUUACCAUUCGAAUCUCAGUCUCAUUAUCAUCUUCUGCGCAAUCUCUUUAUCAUCCGUGACCAUUCACUGCGCCAACGAUCAGGAUUUGGACGAUCUGAUCCGUACGUAUGCCGCUCGUACGAAUCCGAGACCACAUACAGGCUCUCUGUACAAGAUCACACUUCCGGCGAAUCUCUCCGGCGUCGAAGCUUCGGUUGUUACGGUCCGAAACAGCAUGUUCUGGAGAAAAGGAGCAAACUUUAGCCAUUUCUUCAUCCCUCCGUUGGUUAAAACGACGCCGUACGCGAAGAGAAUAGCUCUGUUGUACGAGAAUUUCGGGAACUCGUCGUCCAGAUACUUCCGGGUGGCAGGUUAUUCAUUUGUUUCGCCGGUUGUUGGGUUCAGCGCCUAUGACGCGACGAACCCGAAUGAUAUGGGAGACGAAAAAUUGAAUUUUUCAAUCGUGGACAACGAUGUAAUCUCGAUUCGCUUCGAUUCGGACGUUACCCACAUCGGAAAGGACGAGAAUUCGAUCAGAUGCGUCGCCUUUGUCGAUGAAAAGAGCAACAACAACAACGGGUCGAUAGAGUUCAGCAACCUGACUGGGAAUUACGAGUGUGCCACUAGGAGCUCCUCUGGGCGUUUCGCACUGGUGAUUCCCAAUCAGAAACAGGAGAAGAGAGCACUGAAGCUGAAGUGGUGGUGGUUGGCGUUGGUGGCUGCCGGAAUAUUCGUUGUGGUUACGGUGGUAGCGGUUAUGGCGGCGAAGUUAGUGAGGAAGAAGAAGAUGAGAGAGAUGGAGAGAGAAUCGGAGAAGAGCGAAGCCAUUGGAUAUGUCUGGAUUGGUCGGAGCAGAAUGCCGACUGCGGCAAUGGCCAGAACCCAGCCUUCUCUUGAACAUCAUCAUCUUCAUCUUCCGACAGAUUAAUUCCUCGUUUCCUCUUUAGUUUUUUCUUUUCUUUUUUGGUGAUCUCUUGUUCUAGUUCCAUUUCAAUGCACAGUGUUUUUUUUUUUCUUCCAAAUUUGUUUCUUUCGGUUUAUUUACACUCAGGGUGAAAACUAUUUGACAUUUGUUAUGUUA